GCUGAUUGGAUGGAAGCGGCGGUAAUGCUCCACCCAGGGAAAGGCUCGUCGCUCUGACACGCCCCGCCCCGCCGGCUUUGGCAGCUCCUGCUCGCGGAGCGUGUUGGUGGCUCUCCGGGAAGCGAGCUCCGUCCUGGACGGCGCCCUGCCUUGGAAGAAAGCGCGAGAGGGUCCCUGCCGUCAGCACCAAGACAUAACAUGCUGUUAAAAUCUGCUAUAAGGAUUUAAUCACUACUAAAAUGGCUCAAGAUGCCACAGGUUUUACAGAAAAUUCUUUUUGACUAUUAAGUCUUUUCCAUUGUGUUACUAAACACACAUAUUAAUAAUAUUUUUUUUAAAAUGUCGGAACUCAACUCCACAUCUGGAUUAAUAGCAAAUAUUGAAAAUGGAACUUUUUUGGAGCUGUACCCCACCUCUCUCUCAACAUCCAUGGAUUCACCUUCCAAUCGCAUGUCAAACGUCUAUGUUUAUGUUUCAAUCUUCCUUAGCCUCUUGGCAUUCCUUCUUUUGCUGUUAAUUAUUGCACUUCAGAGAUUGAAAAACAUCAUCUCCUCUAGCUCCUCCUAUCCAGAAUACACCAGUGAUGCUGGGAGUUCCUUUACAAAUUUAGAAGUCUGUAGCAUUUCUUCCCAGAGAUCAGCUUUUUCAAACCUUUCAUCAUGAGAAGCCAAGGAAGGAAAUCUAUUGUGCAUGGAAUAGCAUCUCAGUCCAGGUCUUCAACAUGGUCGGAAAACUAAGGCAUGCAAGAUUUGUCAGAGAAGAGUUGAUAUCUGAAUUUUUCCGCUUAAGGUCACAUUCUGAGCUAUGCCUCUAAUAGUCUUGGAAUUUUGCAGUGUUUUUCCCAGCCCCUUCUGAAGAUAAUGAAAAGUACAUUCUUUCUCAAAUCAAUCUGCUUCUUAAAUGAUUAUAAGAAAGCAUCUGUUAUUUUCUCAAUAACAUUAGAAAAACUGUUUGCCUUUGACCUCUUCCAAGAUUUUUUUUUUUUCAACUUCUCAGCCCGGCUUAUGAUUCUGAGAUAUUUGGUGGUCUCUCAUCAAAGUACUACCCAGGUUAAAUGCUAUUUAGGAUUUCAAGAUUAUCCAAGUUUUAAAGGUGCUAUCACCUGCUACAAGGGAGAUACAGCUAUUUAAACUGUACGUGGGAAUAUCUGGCUUCCUGCUUCUGUUUACCGAUAUCAUAGCUCAAGGAUGUUUAACUGUAUUCCAUAGCAAGACCAUUCUGCUACACAAGCAAGACAAUUUUCCUGUAAAUGUGAAACAAAGAAAGAAAGCUAAUAUAAAAUCUAGUUAAUAAUCAUGUUCUUGUAAUUUCCCCAAUACUGCCUGAUCUUUAUAUUUUAGUGGAACAACUAUAAUUAAUGUAUGUACUAAUCAUUGCAGAUUAACUGCAUUUGUUGGAUUUGUAGAAUUACAUACUUUUCUAGAUUAUGCAUUCCCAAUAUAAUAUCCUUUUCAAUAUGUUCUGUGAUGAUCACCACUCACUGAUCUAUUUAAUUUUAUUUUCAAAAAAUAAAGAAAGAAAAAAGAAGGGAAGGGAAGCUAACCUAAUGUGAAACUGGUAUUUCCAACAAUAUCCCAGUCGUCCUGCAGAAAGAAAUGUUAAAAAAAGAUGAACAUGAUGUCUAUAAUCAUAGGUAUAGGUAGUCCUUGACUUACAACCACAAUUGGGACCAGAAUUUGUUGCUAUGCAAGGCAGUUGUUAAGUGAGUCACACUUGAUUUUAUGACCUUUUUGUCAAUUGUUAAUUGAACCACUGCAGUUUUAAGUGAAUCAUUAAGUGUAUCCAGCUUCCCCUGUUGACUUUGCUUUUCGGAAGCUCACUGGGAAGGAUGGAGAUAGUGAACUUGGGAUGCUGCAACUGUCAGAUGUUCACUAGUUACCAAGUUUCCAAAUUCUGAUCACCGUACUACAAUAGUUGUAAGUGUGAAAAUUGGUCAUAAAUCACUUUUUUCAAUGCUGUUGCAACUUAAAACAAUUGCUAAAUGAAUGGCCAUAAGUCAAGGACUACCUGUAGACUGUGCCAAAUAUAUAAUGUACAUUAAAAGGGGCAGGGCUUUGAUAACAUGAUUCUGGCUAUUAUCUUGACUUUUUUAAAUCCCCCCCCCCCCCCGCCAUGUAGAUGCCUGGCCCCAAUAAAUAAAUAUAUUUCAUAUAUGCAACUUCCAACAAAUUUUGAGUUGAGGUACAUUUAUCAGAAAAAAAAUAACAGGUAGGCAGGCUGAAACUCAUGAACAAUUGUGAGCAAUUAUUAUUUAUUAAAGAAAUUUUUGUUGAACCUUCAAACUUCUUUUGGGUUUGUUAUAUAAAAGGUGCCAUGAAGGACAUGCUUUGGAAUAGCCCAAGACAAAAGGCUUAGUUUUACAUGAAUGCACUAUUACUCUAAAUACAAUUUUAACUUCCUGAAUGGACUUGAGGACAGGCUGCUGUGGUUGUUAUUGGUUGUCUGAGCCCACUUCUCAAAUAUGUGGAUUUCAAUUUUCUAAAUUGUCAGCAAAGUUGAUCCUGGCUGAGGAAUUAUGGGAACUGAAGUCUACAGGUCUGGAGGGCACCCAGGUUGGGAAUGCUGAACAAGAGAAUAUCUUAAACAUAGGUGUUUCUGGUUGGGUUCAAAAUUGGCCAAGUUAUGGACUGUGUUGUUGUUACAUCACAACACUCCCUUCCCAUGACUUAAGUACUUUCACUCAGUGUUGAUGUAUAUGUAUAAGAGGCCAAGGUUUGCAUCGUCUUCUUUUUUAAUUAAAAUUUACAUUGGAUGCCUAUGAUCCUAAGGUGAAUGGCAAAGAUGGUAAGGAAGUCCUGGAGGAGCAAUUGAAAAAUCUGGGUAUAUUUGGUUGGAGAAAAUAAGAAGAAAGAAGCCCAAAUGUUCUUAUAAAUAUCUUUAUAGGAAGGACUAUUAAAAAUGGAAACUCACUGUUCUUUGUUGCUUCUGCAAGCAGAGCGGGAGUUAGAUUGCUUCAGUGAGCAGGAUGUAACCUGCAGAGAAGCAGACUUUGCUGAACAUUCAGAAAAGCUACCUAAUAAAAAGAGCUGUCCAAAAGCAAAGCAGAUUUCUUAUACUGAGACAUUUAAGCAUAGAUUGGACUAAUUGGAACAUCAUUUCCCCCCCCCCCCCCCCCCCUCAGACUUGACCUAGCCCUGCUGGCCUUUUGCAAGGCAUUAAAAAUUUGGUUUUGCCAUAAUUGCCAUCAAGCCUGGGGCUCUAAUACUAUGGGCCAUUUUGUAGUUAUUUGGAGUGUGCGAUGUUAUGACUGUUCUCUGCUAUUUUAUGCUAUUUAUAUUUCCUUAUGACUUUAAUUAUUUUUACUGUUUUUAUUCUGUUUUAACUGUUAGCUACCCAAUCAUUUAUAUGACAUGGUCAGCCAUAUAAAUUAAAUAAAUUUAGAAAUUCAUUUGGAAUCUUGCCAUCCAGAUGAAAAUCCAAAUGAAGAUGCUUCAAAGAUUUAAAAAUUAUUUUUAUAUCUUAAUUUAUACCCUACUUUCAUAUAUUACUAUAAGCUAACACUAUACAAUUGGCUUUGGGAUACUCCAUUAGAAAUUUUAUGCAUUAAGAAUGAAUGUAUUAAUUCCAAUCUCUUAAAUAUUCCAACUGAAAUUUUAUGUAUUAAAAAUAAACAAUAUGUUAAUGAG